AUGUCAACUUCUUCCUCUUCUGCCACGCCGACCCCGGUCACUGCUGCAGAGGAAGGUCGACCCGCCUUGGUCGUCCCCAGAGUCAAAGCCCCUCCCAUUCUCCCCAUCUUCGAGCGAUGGGCGGUUCUGGUUUUCUCUCUCGCCCUGUGUAUUUUCUCAGCGUGUUCACUGUUCACUCUCAAUCUCUCCUGGGCUUAUCAACCCAACCAGACAGGUUAUGAAGUUCCUUUGGCCAACUGCCCGGCCUUCUCUGAAUCGUUCUCCAUAAACCACGCGACUGCACCCUCUGGUCCAACAUGCAAACUUGAGAUAGUCCAGAAUGGUUGGAACGAGAUGGUUAUGUACAACUCAAGUAUUUACCCUCUACCCAACAACACCCCGAUCGACCAGACUCUCAACAACUGUCGCAUGCCUCAGAACGGUGAACAGGAUUAUGAAUGCUUCCAACUGUAUGAGUGUCAUAACGCAUGUCGCAGAGUAGACGAUACUGAGACGUAUUACCUUGGAGAGUGUCCCGACCCGUCUAUCCUACCCGAGAUCGGCAACGACGUGAUGAAACCCGGUAUCCCGAAAUGUCAGGUCAAGUUGUCACCAACCUCCCCAUGGGAAACGGUCUUCUGCAAAGAGGUGCAUACAUUAUCAUUCUGCUCCAACAGCUAUGAUGUGACGCCCUCGAAUAUCUUGGGCAUGAGGGGUAUCAUACUGGCUGGAAUGCUCAUUACUGUCAUUUGGUUCUUCGCUGAAUGGGUGUUAUGGUAUGUCGACUUGAAUCUACGCAAAGAGAAGGCAGAGGGAAUGGCAAGGAUGGCCAGAGAGCUCCCUCAGAAGAAAAUGUAUUUACGCCAACAAGUGGAAGGCCAUUGGAAGGACGAGUUCAACAACGCUACCGUAAGCCCAGAUGAUUCAGCCAGCGGUGGUUCGGUGUGUGCUGUACCACCCAUGGACGGGGAGGACUAUGAGGGUAUGUCUGAGUCGGACAUGGAAAGCUACAUGUCCAGAGAUCCGGCGAUGAGGUUCGAGUCUGGAACGUGGAAGAGACGACUUAGUCAUUGGAAGACCUGCAAGGCUGCAGCAAAGCGGAGACAUCGAAUCCGCCAGCUUUUCUAUGUGGCUGCUCUCAACAUCUUCUUCCUGCUCCUACUUAUUGCAACUCUGUAUAUCGUCCUCUAUUACUCCCCUCAGAACAUCCUCGCCAACAACAGGUCGGUGGCUGAUGAUCUCUACGGUGAAGUGUCUAUUUGGAAUGCUCAUUCGUGGUUGGACAUUCUCAUAUUCAUAGAUGUUCUGCUCGAUACGUUCUUAUUCCUAAUUGCAUGUGUCUUCGUCAAGUGGCCGCGCGCUCCAAUUUACACUCGUCAUGUUCAAGACGUGGUUGCCAAGAAGAAGCAGCGUGUCGGUCGUGAUGGUGCUUCUGCCGGUUCCUUGAACACCGAUGCGAAACCUCAGUUGGUUUACAUUGACCGUGAUGGCGUCCCGUCUCCUCUCAGUGAUGACUUCCUGUCUGAUGCCAGUUCAAGCUCAGAGUCCGAGUCAGAGGAGACUGUGAUGAAGCAGACGUUGGCGUAUGACUGUUGUCUGAUGAUCGCAUGUCAUCUCUCUGCCAUGACAGAGGAACGUUAUGAAACCUUCACAAGUACUUUACGUGCUGCUCUUAUGGUCUUCCCUCCUAGUCACAUCUUCGUCUGUGAUAAUGGUGGCACAUUACACCCAGAAGAUGAGACUGAGUGGGCAACACAGCAGGUUCAUCCUGAUAUCAAUUAUGUUUACGUCCCAGAAGGCAACAAGACAUUCGCUUUCUACUGGGUUAACAAAUACUGGAUACCGUAUCUAGCCCAAAAUGGCCGAGUCCCCGACUUCAAGUACUCGGUUAUGAUCGAUGACGAUGUACCACUACCAGCAGAUCUGUACAUACCUCAUGAACAGCUGAGAGCCAAUCCUAAUAUCAAGGCUGUUCACUUCCCUAUCACUGCGACUACCCCUGAUGGUAAGCCUGGCAUGCUUGUGAAAAUGCAGGAUGUUGAAUACAAGAUGGCAGCAGUGCAUAAGCUUUUCCAGGCUAAGAUGGCUCGGUCUCUAUCAUGCCAUGGUGCUGUGUCAUUGUGGGAUCGCGAGGCACUCGAUGAAGUGUUGUACGAGCAUGAUACUGUGUUCAACGGUGAGGAUAUGUAUAUGGGUUUGACACUUUUGAGGAAGCGUGAUGAGUCUACGAUCAUCUCAUGUGCUCAAACGAUCGUUCCCACGUACGCUCCUGAUACCUGGCCAGUGCUCUUCCGUCAGAGGGUCAAGUCGUGGGAUCUAACAUCGCACAGAGACAUUCACGUAUCUGUGGGAGGUCAUCAACCCCCGAUCGUUCUGUCAUGGUGCAUCUUUGG